GAGAGGGUUUGUAUUUAGGGUUUAAGCGUGCAGCCCCUGUUCGUUACCAAUUCCAUUUCCAUUCUGCAAACUACUUCUCGCUCUCUGCUUCUACCAUGUGGGCACUUCGUCGAGCUUCUCUUCGUCUCAGGAGCCAAGGACUGAAUGCGGGAGCUACUCGUGCUUCUUGUGUUAAAUUAGUGCCAUCCACUUGUGUGGAAAAUGAAGAUGGUAUCCAUCAGUCUCAUCAAAUCACUUGUGGUAGAUUUCUGUCGGCUGAUGCAUUUUCCCGCGGCGGAUGCGCUUCCCUGAGUUUUGCUGUGACCAGGCGUGAGCUUUCCUCGCAAGCUGGUGCUAGCAGCACGAAGGAUGAUGAUGAUGAUGAUUUGGAAGGUGAGUUGUCUGAGCUGGAGGUGCACGGAAGUAAUGAUGAAUCUGAUGCAGACCUGUCUGAUAGUAAGGAGGAUGGUGGAACUGAGAUUGAUCCAACCAAGAAAAGAUCACAGGGUAGACGGACUGAUUCAGAACUAUUCAAGGCAAUUUUAUAUGCUCCUGGUUUGUCUGUUGAUUCUGCUCUCGAUAAGUGGGUUGAAGAAGGGAAAGAAAUAAGCCGGAAGGAGAUCUCAUUGGCUGUGCGGAAUCUUCGGAACCGUAAAAUGUACGGAAGGGCUUUGCAGCUCUUUCAGUGGUUAGAGUCAAAAAAGAAGCUUGAAUUUAUGGAGAAUGAUUAUGGUUCUCAACUAGAUUUAAUUGCCAAGUUGCAUGGCCUCCCAAAGGCAGAGAAGUACAUCGAGAGUGUUCCAGAAUCUUUUAGAGGCGAGCUAUUAUACCGAACAUUACUGGCUAACUGUGCUAGUCAGAACAAUUUGUCGGCAACGGAGAAAGUAUUCAACAAAAUGAAGGACUUGGAUUUACCACUUUCAGCAUUUACUUUUAACCAGUUGCUGCUUUUGUAUAAGAAGAUUGACAAGAAGAAAAUUGCUGAUGUGUUGCUGCUGAUGGAAAAAGAGAAUGUCAAACCUUCUAUUUUUACGUACAGAAUCCUAAUAGACUCGAAGGGACGGUCCAAUGAUAUUGCUGGAAUGGAGCAAGUGUUUGAGACAAUGAAGGCACAAGGCAUUGAACCAGACAUCCAAAUACAGGCACUCUUGGCUAGGCAUUACACCUCAGCUGGGCUUAAGGAAAAAGCUGAAGCUAUAUUGAAGGAGAUUGAAGGUGAACACUUGAAAGAGAAUCAGUGGGUAUGCCCAACUUUGCUGCGUCUUUAUGCAAACCUGGGAAAGGCUGAUGAAGUGGAGAGAAUUUGGAAGGUCUGUGAAUCAAAGCCUCGGAUUGAUGACUGCCUGGCUGCAAUCGAAGCUUGGGGAAUGUUAAAGAAAAUUGAAGAAGCAGAGGCAGUUUUUGAGAUGUUGUCAACGAAAUGGAAACUUAAUGCUAAGAACUAUUCAGGUCUUCUGAAGAUUUAUGCAAAUAAUAAGAUGCUAAAGAAGGGUAAGGAUCUUAUUAAGCGAAUGGCAGAUAGUGGGUUGCAAAUAGGCCCAUUGACCUGGGAUGCACUUGUGAAAUUGUAUAUCGAAGCAGGGGAAGUCGAGAAGGCAGACUCAGUUUUGCAGAAGGCAAUCCAACGGAAUCAGUUGCAGCCAAUGUUUACGACCUUUAUGGCUAUUUUAGAGGAGUAUGCAAAGAAGGGUGACAUCCAUAACUCGGAGAAGAUUUUCCAUAGAAUGAGAAAAGCUGGUUAUACGUCUCGAAUAAGUCAGUUCCAAGUUCUAAUACAGGCAUAUAUAAACGCCAAGGUUCCAGCAUACGGGAUAAGAGAGAGGAUGAAAGCUGAUAAUCUAUUUCCCAAUAAAACGUUGGCUAACCAGUUGCCUCUAGUUGAUGCAUUUAGGAAUAAUGCAAUUUCCGAUUUGCUUGAUUGAGGAAAUUGGCAUAUUCGGUAUUAUGCCAGGAUUGUUUCUACUUUCCAUGCAACUAUUAUUAGGUAGUUGAAUUGUAGAUUUCACAUUUGAAGUUUAAAUGUUUUGGCUUGUACUGCUAUUUAUAAGUUAGAUACACUUUUGUCUUUAAGCGCAUAUAUUAACGCUUAAAUACUGGUUUUAUGAUUUUAUAACGUCCGUUUGAUUUUCCGGGUAA